GCUCCUGCCAAUGGCUGUGCGAGUGAGUGCCUGGAGCGAGCGGAGGCGUCCGCCGAUGAUCCCGGGGUGAGAUCAGCAAAAGAGAAAAGAGCGCUGAGCCCCGGCUGGGACCAGCGUAGACUAAAGUGACAGGAGCCCAAGAAGACGCUCAAGGGCACCGAUGGAGGAGAAGCGCAUUUUGUGCAUCGGACUCGUGUGCCUGGACAUAAUCAGCGUGGUGGACAAUUAUCCGGAGGAGGAUUCGGACACCAGAUGUUUGUCACAGCGCUGGCAACGUGGAGGGAACGCCUCCAACACCUGUACCGUCCUGGCCCUGCUGGGAGCCCCUUGUGCUUUUAUGGGUUCGUUAGCUCCUGGUCAUGCUGCAAACUUCGUCCGUGAUGAUUUCCAACGCUAUGAGGUGGAUCUCACCCAUGUGGUUUUGCAUCUGGCAUGCAGCUUGCCCGCUUCAACGGUGAUCAGCAACACAGCCACUGGCACCCGCACGAUCCUGCACGCUGCCAGUAAUCUGCCAGAUGUGACAGCUGCUGAUUUUGAAAAAGUUGACCUGUCUCAAUACAAGUGGAUCCAUUGGGAGGGGAGGAAUGCUUCGGAACAGGUUAAAAUGCUGCAACUGGUGGAAAAGUAUAACCAAACCUGCCCACCAUCUGAGCGAGUGACCACAUCUGUGGAGGUGGAAAAGACCAGGCCACAGCUGUACCAGCUGUUUUGCUAUGGAGAUGUGGUCUUUGUCAGCAAAGAUGUGGCCAAGACGUUUGGAUUCUACUCAGCUCCUGAGGCUGUGAAGGGGCUCUACGGACGUUUGAAACCAGGAGCUACUUUGAUCUGUGCUUGGGCUGAGUGUGGAGCUGACGCAAUGGGACCAGAUGGGCUGCUGGUGCAUUCAGACGCAUUCUCCCCUGAAACUGUUGUGGACACUCUGGGGGCUGGAGACACAUUCAACGCUGCUGUGAUCCUGGCUCUAAGCAAGGGAAAAACGCUCCCUGCAGCAUUAACCUAUGGAUGCCAGGUGGCAGGCCGGAAGUGUGGGGUUCACGGGUAUGAUGGGAUCGUUUGAGCAACAUGCAGAAAGCUGUACCUUCUAGAUUUCACUGGACCAUGGACUAAUACUGUAUCUCUCACGGUAGUAUUCUAUUUGCUGAUGGCACUGGCACGGCUCCUCUGGCAUCUCCUGCAGGGGGAGGACAUGUCAAGCUGCCUGCCACACAUUCCAUAUGGAGUCUGGCUGAGCUGGCUCAGAUGCUCCCGUCUCUUGCCAGGAGGAAAAGAGGUUUCGCUGUAUAACCAUGAAAAGAUAAAUAAAAUACCUGAAGCUGCC